UCCUUCUUCCCCUUUGACAACCCGCCAUUUUGAAACGUUGUUGAUUUUCUGUGAGGAAAGUCAGUAACGCCAAUAUCACCCCCCCCGCACCCCUCUUCUGGUAAACACGGGUCGUGCCCUCCUGAAGCGUUUUGUUUUGUCGCCGUCCGAGGGCCGCCUCCGUCGCUGCUGGGCCCGUUUUCUUAGAAGCGCCCUGAAGUAUCCGAGAAAGAAAGCAGAUAUGUCUUCUGUUUCUGAAAAAGAUGAUUUACUUUCUACUGAACAAAAAGAAAAAAGAGAACCACGAACUGAAAACAAAGCUGAAAAUAGUGAGGAUGAUGAAGAGGAAGAAGAAGAAGAAGAAGAGGAAAAAGAAAAGAGCCUCAUUGUUGAAGGAAAGCGAGAGAAGAAGAAAGUAGAAAGAUUGACAAUGCAGGUGUCAUCAUUACAAAAGGAACCUUUUACAAUUACACCAGGAAAGGGUCAAAAACUUUGUGAAAUUGAAAGAAUACAGUACUUUUUAAGUAAGAAGAAAACUGAUGAACUUCGAAAUUUGCACAAACUACUUUACAACAGGCCAGGCACAGUUACUUCAUUGAAAAAGAAUGUAGGGCAGUUCAGUGGCUUUCCAUUUGAAAAAGGAAGUGAUCAAUACAAGAAAAAGGAAGAAAUGCUGAAAAAAUACAGAAAUGCAAUGCUAAAAAGCAUAUGUGAAGUUCUUGAUUUGGAAAGAUCAGGAGUUAACAGUGAACUGGUAGCAAGAAUCUUAAAUUUUCUAAUGCAUCCAAAACCUUCAGGCAAGCCAUUGCCAAAAUCCAAGAAAACUCCCAACAAGGGUGGUAAAAAAGAGCGUAGUAGCUCUGGAACAGCACGGAAAGCCAAACGCACCAAAUGUCCUGAAAUCUUGACAGAUGAAUCUAGCAGUGAGGACGAUGAAAAGAAAGGGAAAGAUGAAUCAUCUGAGGAAGAUAAAGAAAGUGAAGAAGAGCCACCUAAAAAAUCAACAAAGAAAGAAAAACCCAAACAAAAAGUAGCUUCAAAAAGCAAAAAGGGUUCAAGAAGCGCUUAUGUCAAGAAAGCAGAUAGCAGUACAACCAAGAAGAGUCAGAACUCUUCCAAAAAAGAAAGUGAAUCUGAGAAUAGUUCAGAUGAUGAGCCUUUAAUUAAAAAAUUGAAAAAGCCUCCCACAGAUGAAGAAUUGAAAGAAACUGUGAAAAAACUACUUGCUGAUGCAAAUUUGGAGGAAGUUACCAUGAAACAAAUUUGUAAAGAGGUAUAUAAACGCUAUCCCAGUUAUGAUUUAUCUGACAGAAAAGAAUUCAUCAAAAAGGCAGUGAAAGAGCUCAUUUCAUGAUCUAAUGGGAAGAAAAUGAAGGCUACGGACUUGUUUUCCUGGAUUUAAAUAUUUUACAAAAACCAGCAAAUUGUAAACUUUAUUAUUUUUGUUUUACUCUUGGUAUAACGUAGUAUUAGUUGGAGAUGACUAUUGGCUUAAUGUUCUGAGUGUUAAUGGGAAUUACCAACUUUUUCAAAAUUGAGUUUAAUAUAAUUCCUAAAUUUUGCAUGGUAAUACAUGUUCCCUACUUUUCCUUUGUACAUUAUAUUUCUUUGUAAAAAUAGUCAUAUAGCUAUUGUAGGUUUUAGUGUUUGUAAUGUAGAGAUUUUUUUAAAAGAACAAUAUGAAAGCUGUUGUAUUAGUAGAUACACAUGCAGAGACUGUUAAAUACUGCAGUAUUGGGCAUUACAUUUAUUUUGAAUACACCCAUUUUCUACCAGGAGCUAGUCAUGCCCUGACUAGGACUGCUGUUAUGUUUUACUAUCUUGCAUGUGUAUACAACUGAAAGUAAUAAAGCAUGAUCAAUCACGAAUAGAUAUUAUUUUUGUACUUUUAAAGGCUUUUGUAUAUAAGCUUAUUUCAGAUUUGCUUAAAACCAGGUUAAGAAAAAAAAUGUGUUUUAGAUUUAUGACCAGUAUCAGUGUUUAUGAAUCAUGUUGUGAUUAAGUAGGAAGUAAGUAUACAAACAAAAGAUAGCACAUUUGAUUUUUUUAAGGAAUGUCUUAAUUGCACUCAGUCUUUGAGUAAAGAGAAAUUUAAUUUUUCUUUAACUGAGUGCAGAGAAUUAUAGCUCUGAAGGCUUAAUGUGAUAUCCUAUAUUGUUAAUUCAUAAAAAAUAAAUACAAUUUUGAUUUCUAAAAUGUUUUUUCCAAGGUGGUUAGUAUUGACCAUUUAUCUGGUGUCGCUUGAACAAUGUAGUAUUCUUGCAAAACUGUACCCUUGUUUUAGAUUCUCAGAAUCUAUAAUUGGAAGAAUAUAUACUUAAAUGCAUUAAUCUUAGGUGACUCCUGCUUAAGUACUCUAAAAUAAAAUCUCAGUUCUGCAAAUAAUUAUUCAUGAAAUUUUUAUUCAAUUCCAGAAUGAAGUACCUGUUCACAAAAAUCCUUUAAGGGAUCAGAUCAUCAUGUGUUAAAAUUUCCAGCAAAUGCCAAAUAAAUGUGUCAUAAAGUGAAGUCAAGUAUAAUUAACUUCUCCAAGACUGUAUUGAUUAAAAUAAUUGCAGGUUUUAAAUAAUGUAUUAAUAUGUAGUUAUGGAAUCAUAGAUCUAUAUUCCAAAAUAUUGUUAAUUGAUCAACUUAUAUCAUUUUUAUCACUUUCUUUGCACGCAAUCAUUUUUACUAAGCUGAAUGUACGUUUUUUAUUCAAUAAAUGUCUUUAAGGAAAAUGUACACUGAUAUUUUAAUACAUGUACAGUAAACUUGAUACAGAAUCAAA